ACAAAACGUACCCUUUUCUUCCUUUCUUAAUUUGUCUAUAUAAUUGACACUCUCAACUAAAAAUGUUUUUACCCAUCCAUGGGACUUAGUAGCAUGAAGGUGCAUCAGUUCACACGUGGUGGUGGGUUCUGGGGUAGUCAUGACGAUCAUGAAUCCUCAUCGACGUCCCUCAGCGCUUGCAAGCGUUUGCGCCUUCUUAACCCGCCUAAGUUAGCUACUGGUAGUAGUGAUCAUAGUACCGCCGACCCUUAUUUCACCAUGAACAAUGUUAGUGUAGUUAGCAAUAAUAAUAAUAGUAGUAGUAGUAGUAAUAGCCAUGUAACUACUGCCGCUUUCGAUCUUAGGAGCUUCAUUCGACCCGAGAGUUGUCCCAUUCAACUUUCUUCUCCAGACCACAAGAAAGAUUCUCCUCAGGUUGAAACACAUCCGGGAGGAACAAGAUGGAAUCCAACACAAGAGCAGAUUGGGAUCUUGGAGAUGUUAUAUAGAGGGGGAAUGCGGACUCCAAACGCGCAACAAAUCGAACAAAUAACUUCUCAACUAAGCAAGUAUGGCAAGAUAGAAGGCAAGAAUGUGUUUUACUGGUUUCAGAAUCACAAAGCACGCGAACGACAGAAGCAAAAGCGCAACAACCUCGGCCUCACUCAUUCGCCAAGAUCAACACCACCCUCCACCAUGAUCAACUCCAUCUCAUCAUUAAACCCUAGAGGAGAAGUAGUGGAGAGUCCAUACAAGAAGUGUAGAAGUUGGUCAUUUGAGUGCUUGGAGAAAGAUGAUCAAGAAGAUAAUAAAACACUAGAGCUAUUUCCAUUACAUCCUGAAGGAAGAUCAAGAUCUUCAUGAAAAUUAAGGGCAUGUUAAUUUAUCAAUCAAUGGUGAAAUUGUAUGGUAUGGGACGCACUUUUUAGUUAAACAACUUUCACUUUCUUUAAUUAGCUUUUUUUUCUUCUUCUUCUUUUGUUUCGGGAAAGAAGAAAGACAUAAUGCAACUUGUUGUAUCCUUGUACUACCCUUCUCAAUCAAGAUCUUUUAUGUCUCUUAUAUUUAUUUUGACUUUGGAAA